AUGUUUGGAAAUAAAUUCGAUGUGAAUGGCAAGAUUACCGGAGUCCUGAGACACUACCACCCCCCUGACAUCCUCAUCUGCACAGCGGGAGGUACUCCGCAGCAGGUAGGCUUCCUCGCCGAUAUUACUCCAGAAGCUAUCACCUCCUGCAUGGAACUGAACUACUAUACCACCAUAUUCAUCGUUCAAUGCUGUCUUAGAAUAUGGCUCGUCGCCCCGCAGACCCCCUCUCCUAGGCAUAUCAUCCUCACAUCUUCUACCGCCGCUUUCCUAGGUCUACCGGGCUACAUCGCUUACACUCCUACCAAGGUAGCCAUCCGCGCCUUAACCGAUACUCUUCGCCAAGAACUACUUCUCUACGGGAAAGACGCAUAUAAAGUCCACUGCUGUUUCCCAGGGACUUUCCUUUCCGAGUCCUUUCUGCAGGAACAGGAGCACAAGUCAGAUCUUACAAAGGCUAUCGAGGGUACCGAUAUGUCCCGAUCAGAACUGGAGCUCAAUAUGCCCACUGCCAGGCAGGUCGCUGGCAAGAUUAUCCAGGGGCUGGAGUUGGGGAAGACGUAUAUCUCGGUCGACUUCCAGACGGAGCUAUUGCUGAAUAAUAUGCGGGGACCGAGUCCGCGGUUUUGGAUUGUAUAUGAUUUCGUGCUGGGGGUCUUCGCAUCAUUCACCUACCAUAAUGUUCUUCCAGCAGGAUAUACGAUUGCACUUCCUCCCUCACAAGCAUACACCAAGAUAAUCGCAAUGGGGUCUAUCUCUUCCCCAUCCCCCUCCGUCGUGAAAGCCGACACCCCCUACUUCACCCCCGCCAACAAUGCAGGCGCCGCCGUCAACCCCGACGACCCCAGCACCCCCACCCUCUUCAAACCCUUGCGCAUCCGCGAUGUGACCCUCAAGAAUCGCAUCAUCGUUUCACCAAUGUGCAUGUACUCCGCAGAGCCCAAUCCCGCUUCCCCCUUCCUCGGCGCCCCGACCGACUACCACAUCGCACACCUGGGCCAAUUCGCGCUGAAAGGCGCCGGCCUAGUUUUCCUCGAAGCACUAGCUGUCCAGGCUAACGGACGUAUCUCACCCCACGACCUCGGUCUCUGGCAAGAUGGAACCGACUCGGAACAAUUCAAGGGUCUUCAACGCAUCGUCCGCUUCUCCCACAGCCAAGGUGCCAAAGUCGCCGUUCAAUUAGCCCAUGCCGGUCGCAAAUCCAGCGUAUUCCCCCCAUGGGUUGCGGCACAAGCCGGGCAGCAUAGUCUUCGAGCCGACGAAAGCGCUUUCGGGUGGCCGAAGGACGUGGUUGGCCCUAGUGGCGGGGUAGAAAAUAUCUGGGAUCCCGCGGAGGGGCGAUACUGGGCUCCGCGGGCAUUGACUACGGUGGAAAUCAAAGAGGUGGUCAAGGCCUUCGCGAAGAGCGCGGAACUCGCGGUCAAGGCUGGGGUCGAUGUCGUCGAGAUCCAUGCGGCGCAUGGAUAUCUGUUGAAUCAGUUCCUCAGCCCCGCGACGAACAAGCGAACCGAUGAGUACGGCGGUAGCUUCGAAAACCGUGUCCGGAUUGUCCGUGAGGUUGCCGCAGCUGUUCGCGCCGUCAUUCCCGAGGGCAUGCCGUUGUUCCUCCGGAUCAGUGUGACGGAUUGGCUUGAGGGUCAGCCGGUGGCUGCCGAGUCGGGCAGCUGGGAACUAGAGAGCUCGCUGCGUUUGGCCAAGCUUUUGCCGGAACUUGGCAUUGAUCUAGUGGAUGUUAGUUCCGGCGGGAUUCACAAGGACCAGAAGAUUGGGCGGGGUCCUGGCUACCAGGUUGAUUUAGCCGGAGAGCUGAGGAAAGCGAUCCGCAAGGCCGGGGCGUCGACCCUUGUAGGAGGGGUGGGAUUGAUCACCGAAGCCGAACAGGCGAAGAGUCUCGUCCAGGGUGCCGAUGAAGCGCAGGAGGCUGAGGCUAUAGUGGCCGGCUCUGAGCCCAAGGCAGAUGUCGUGCUCUUAGCGCGUCAAUUCCUGAGAGAGCCCGAAUGGGUCAUUGUGACGGCGAAGAAGUUAGGAGUGCAGGUGACAUUACCACAUCAAUUCUGGAGAGCACUAUAG